AUGCUUACCAGCCAUUAGUUACUGCGAUUUGCGAACGUUUCUAAAGUGUGGCCAUAAGUAACAGAUAUUUUUAGUGUUUUUGAAAGUUAGUGCGGUAUCGGAAAUGGCAGAUGAAGAUGUGGUGGCGUAUUUGCAUACGUGGGGUUUGCCCCAGUAUGUCGACGUAUUCAAACAACAAAACGUAAAAAAGGACACUUUACCGUUCCUAACACCAGAAAUGGUAAAAGAACUAAUACCUUCAAUAGGCGACAGAGCCCAAUUUCAGGGGCAUUUGGAUCACUGGAAGAUGAUAAUUAACGAAAUUCCACAAUCGUCUCCAUUACCAGUUAUACCCGGUGCUGCCGAGAUUGCGAGUACCUCAUGGGCAACUGAGGAUUAUUUAUUAGAAGAUAUUAGUGGCAAUAAUAUACCUCUAUCUGGGGAACCAUUAAACCCUACCGAGCCAGAAGGGGCUAGGGAUCUUGGAGCGCUACAAGAACAAAGAGGAGACAUAUUGAAACUUCUCCACUCUUGUAAUGAUGGGAGAGCCUUACUUGUGGAAGCUAAGGAAACUGGGUGCCUUACGGGCAGAGGACGGCGCACUCUACAAAUGCUUCAUAUUUUCUACUCUUGGGUUUGACGAACAUUUCUUUGCCUACGAAGUUGACCCUAAACCCUCAGCAGAAGGAACUUAUCUAUUCCACGACAGUUUAUCUUGUUUCACGCCCAAUCAUUUAAUUUUUGCACCAAAUGGCAAAAAUUAUAUUAUUAUGAGGGAAUAUCUUUAAAUAAUUCCGAUUAACUUUACCUACGAAAUAUUUUUUAAGUUUGCAAAUGAGUUGAGUAGUUAAGUUAUUUCUUUAUAUUUCAAAAAUGGAUUUAUUACCUAGUUUUAUUCGUUAUUAAGUUUCGAAUGUGUUAUUUUCAUUUAUUGAUUUAUAUAAGGUAGAGUUUAUAGACUUUAAUAAAUGCUUUUUAUAUAC